AGUAUCUUUCGCUUCCCGGGUAAAAUCUAGUUGAACGCCAAUCCUUCUCAUUUCCACCACUUGUUUUUCCUCUAGAGGUCGCUGCUUUUGCUGUGCACCCAACAUCAUCAAUGGCGGUAGCCUCUUCCUCGCUCCUUUUCCUCAACUCCCAUGUCUUAUCAUCUUCUCUUCCCUUUCCUCCUACUCGGCCAUUCCCAAAACCCCAAUCUUGGUUUCUUCUCCGCGCCAAAUUCAGACCCAUCUCUUUAUCAAUUACUAGAGCUGUAAAAUCUGAUGUUAGCAAGGAGGAUAUCGUUAUCGUGGGUGCUGGGAUUGCUGGCCUCGCCACUGCAGUGUCUCUCCAGAGACUCGGAAUUCGGUCAGUGGUGCUGGAGCAGGCAGAAUCACUUAGAACUGGUGGAACCUCUCUCACCCUUUUCAAAAAUGGGUGGAGGGUAUUGGAUGCUAUCGGAGUUGGUAGUAACCUUAGGAGCCAAUUUCUUGAAAUUGAAGGGAUGGUGGUGAAGUCGGAAGAUGGAAGGGAGCUUCGCUCCUUCAGGUUUAAAGAUGAAGAUCAAAGCCAAGAAGUUCGUGCAGUGGAGAGGAGAAUACUUCUGGAAACUCUUGCCAAUCAACUGCCAACAGAAGCUGUACGUUUCUCUUCAGGUUUGGAAAAGAUUGAGACGAGCGAAAAAGGGGAAACUCUUCUGAAACUUAAUAAUGGAAACCAGCUACUUGCGAAGAUUGUUAUCGGCUGUGAUGGCAUUCGAUCUCCAGUUGCAAAGUGGAUGGGAUUCUCCGAUCCUAAAUAUGUAGGGCACUGUGCAUUCCGCGGACUAGGAGUUUAUUCAGACGGGCAGCCAUUUGAACCAAGAGUAAAUUAUGUCUAUGGAAGAGGAUUGCGUGCUGGAUAUGUUCCUGUUUCUCCCACAAAAGUUUACUGGUUUAUCUGCUUCAACAGCCCAUCUCCAGGUCCAAAAAUUACCGAUCCAUCUGAAUUGAAGAAGCAAGCCAAGGAACUUGUCAGGAACUGGCCUUCUGAGCUGCUGAACUUGAUAGAUAUAUCCCCAGAUGAAACAGUCAGCAAAACUCCUCUGGUAGAUCGUUGGCUGUGGCCUACUGUAAGCCCUUCUGCUUCAGUAGGGAGGACUGUGCUGGUUGGAGAUGCAUGGCACCCAAUGACUCCCAAUCUAGGACAAGGCGCUUGUUGUGCAUUAGAGGAUUCUGUAGUUCUAGCAAGAAAGCUUGCAAAUGCAAUCAACUCUGGACCUGCUUCCAUAGAAGAUGCUUUCAGGUCAUAUGGAAGUGAACGAUGGCCCCGUAUCUUCCCAUUAACCAUACGGGCAAACCUCGUCGGAUCACUGUUGCAGUGGGAGGAUCCAAUUGUUUGUUCUGUUCGGAACAAUAUCAUUAUACCGAAGCUAGUUAGGCUUGGACCGAUUAUGGAGCAUACCAAUUUCGAUUGUGAACCCCUAAUAACACAAAUUUCUGAAACUUCAGGGGAACGAUGAGAUGUCAAGGAACGUAGAAAGUAUUUUACCAUCCUAUCUGUCAGUGAGUGCGAAAUAACUUUAUUAUUUCAGGAUUCUAAGAACAUUAAUAGAAAUAUAAAUUGUAUUAUAAGCGUCACAUAAUGAAGUUUCACUCUGCUCUCCCCUGUUA